AUGCACCCAAGAGACCCACGGAUCCGGCAGACCAUCAAUCAGAUAUCUCAGAACAUCGAAUCUGCGAACGAAUCCGCCCAGGAAGGCAUAUACACCUUUUCGCAUCACUACAUCGCCCCUUGUUUCGCUGGAAUCCGCGACUGCGUGGGUGCUUGUACGGCGUCGUGCUUCCCCCGCCGAGAUGAUGUGUUACGGCGCCGGAAACGAGGGCUUUCGAGGGGAAGAGCAGAGUUGAAUUUUGACUUCUACGAUGACUGGGACUACGACGAGGACGUUAUGGGCGAUAGACCGCUCGGCUGGGGUACCGAUGAACUGGACAGAUUGCUGGCGGGUAGUAGCGGAAGUCGUGAUCAGCCGCGAAAGGACCGACGCAUGAGUUAUGGUGCUCGCGGCGGACGGCGGAAAAAUUCGAUUUUACAGCCUGAUGAGAGGCAGGAUCCGACUGUGAUACCAAGUUCGUCGUUUCUGGGGUUUCUGGAGCGGUUCCCAUGGCGGUUCGGGGCGCGCGGAGUGAAAUAUAGACCCUCUCCGGCUGAUCUACAGGAGAACCCCGGCGGGAUGAAGAGAAAUGCGCUCGAGAAUGAGCCUCUCUUGGAAGGUAGUGAGGGAAGCGAUGAAGAUGCUCAGAAAGCGGACCGCGGGGACGGGGUCACGCGGCAAAGAAGCAAUACACAGUCGUCCCAGGAUACGAGCACUUCUCUAAGCUCACGGGGUGACCUCAUUCUUGGUGACGAAGAAGAGGAUGCCGUCCCUCUUGGAGAUGAAUUUGCCAUGGCGUUGGAACGGAGAUCGACGAUUUCGGGAGAUGAUUCUGCCUGGCCCCGGCGCUCCGUGUCGGGGACCUCUAUAUCCGGAACAUCCAAGCAUGUUAAUAAAGGUAAAGGAAAACGUGGGACUAGACGAAAUACCGCCGUACCCAAAAGAUCCCCUGCCUCGUCGCCUAGAGGUGGGGUCAUUGAGCCGGCAGGGCCUCCUGUCCCCACCAUUGAGGAUCUCCAGCAUGAAGAAGAACAAAUGCAAAUCCAAGAGGAUAUGGAGAUUGAACGGAGACGGCGGGCUGCGCAAAAGCUUGCCCGUGAAAGGGGCUUGAGUGUUAAUGCCGGGAAGGUCGAGCCGGAGGAUACUACUCUAAAUGAAGCCUUGAAUUCAAAUGAUGAACAGACUGAUAGCGGCCCAGGAACGGCCCCUGUAGUGUCGGAUGGUGUGCAAGACGAUGCCCCAACCGACCCCGAUUCUACGUCUACCCCUUCUAGUGAUCGGCAGGGAGCGUCAUGA